AUGAAUACGAUCAAGGUUGGGCCAGUGGGAGGAAAGAAUGGAACUGUUUGGGAUGAAAAGGGAAGAGGUGAAAUAGCCAAGAUUUUUCUUUCCACUGGUCCAGAUUUUGUUUUGUCACUUCAAUUCCUCUACGUUGAGAAUGGUCAAUUUGUUUUGUCUGACAGAUAUGGUGCUCAUCAUAACUAUACCUUUGCUACGGUUGUGUUGGAUUAUCCAUCAGAAUUUAUUACUUGGAUAAGUGGUACCUAUUAUACCAAUGGUUUGAGAUCGAUAACAUUUGGCACCAACAAAAGUUCCUAUGGACCAUAUGGCAGAAACACGGUCAAUCCAUUGGCCCCUUACUUCAGUUUCAGUUUUCAAAUAGGAGAUGAUCGUUCAUUUGAUGGAUUUCACGGCACCAAAACUGAUGCUUUCAUUGAGAGUAUUGGGGUUUAUAUGAAGACCAUCACAUCAUCAAUGAUCACAGCCACAGUUUCUCAACUCAUGACAAGGUCAAAAAAGAAGAAGAUGAUCAAUUAA